AUUAAACACCAGGAAGAAGAGGGAGAAGAAGAAGUAGAAACAGAGACUGUAGCAGGUGGUGUAGAACACACAGUAGAGAAAUGAGGUGCCUUGUCAAAGCCGUGUUACUGUUUCUUUUGGUGGGACACGUCAGGAGUUGGGAUGACGGCAGUGUGCUGUUGCGUGACAUCCAGGUGUUGACUUUGUACAAGGGGCAGUACACCACAGCGAGGCGUUCGAGCCCCAUACCUCAGCUGCAGUGUGUUGGAGGCUCAGCGGGCUGCCAGGCCUUCAUUCCAGAGGUGGUACAGUGUCAGAACAAAGGCUGGAACGGAGUGGAUGUACAGUGGGAGUGUAAGACUGAUAUGGAUAAUUCAUAUCGAUUUGGUCGGAUUGAGGUGAGCUGUGAAGGCUAUAGCCAUCCUGCUGAUGCUUACAUACUGAAGGGCUCCUGUGGACUGGAAUACACAUUGGAACUGACUGAAGAGGGCCGCAGGAGGAUAAAAGGCAGCUGGGGCUCCCACAGUGAAUUUAAGGGAUUUGGAGGUCUUUGGGGCUUGGCCUCUAGUUUCUUCAGCAGUUUCUCUGGAAGCAAGUAUCAACAUCAGCAGCAGAGCCAUCAGAGUUCCACAGGCUUUGGGGACUCAGGAGGUCUCUUGGUGAUUGCUGGGCUUAUGCUAUUAGCGUACUGCAUCUACAAACUGUUCCUGAGCGGGAACAUGCCCCAGUGGGAGCAGGACAGGGCACAGGCUGGGUACCCCAGAGAUAAUUACCACGACUCCACAGGACCACCACCCCCAGGAUUCAAACCUGACUUCACAGGCUGUCCUGGUGCGAACCCAGGAUACGGUUUUCAUAGCGACUACACUCACAGAAAACAGUACCCAGGAGGUCGAGAUGCUCCUAGCACUGGCAGAGGCUUCUGGACUGGCAUGGGGGCAGGAGGGGUGCUGGGAUAUCUUUUUGGUCAGAGAACCCAGCCUUACAACUACAACUAUUCCCGUUACACUGAUAACAGACCUCCUCCUGCUGUAGACUCCUCCUCCUCUGGGACACGCACUGCUUCAGGUUUUGGGGGAACCAAGAGAAGAUAGAAGCUGUGGAAGUGGACAGAUUCUCUACUGCGACAGCAAUUAAACUGGUGAACUAUUGAGAGGUGAGCUCAGUGUUUGCUGCUAGCAGGUCAAACAUGACAAAAAACACCAUGAGAACAGACUUUCCUAAUGGUUCCUUUUUUCAGGAGAGCUCACUGAGGUUACAGCUACUGGCAGGAAGCUCUUUUUCUAUGAAUGUGGCUUGAGCUUUGGCCUAAAUGCUUUUUUGUUUGGAAGCACAUGAUAUGAAUUUGAUGUUUUUAGAAAAUGGUGAUCUUGCAGUUGUUCACUGGUUUGAUCAGCUUCCUGUAGGUGAGAUGGACACUUUUCAAUGUGAGUCCACUCUUUAUAAUGUAUAUGUUUUAUUCAUGUGGUCUUGUGGAAGGAAUUUCUUAUACUGUAGAAAGAAGGUCUUUUCUCUUCUUCUUUUCUUGACUUUCUUUGUGGGGCUGUAUUCAAAUGACACAAUGGAUAAAAUCAUGUGAACCUUCUCUGUCAGUCUAUUUAACUGCUGCUGAAUGGAGGUAAUAAUUGUAAAUGAAAUGAUUUGACAUAGGAAAUGAAUAAAGGCUCAUAAAAAAUG